GCCAAUCCCCGCUCGGCACCGCCCCCGGCGGACGCGGAGGAGGUGGCGCGGAGGCGCAGGCGCAGAACCAGGGCCGGCGGCUCCGGGGCGGAGCGAGCUGCUCAGGGCAGCGGUUCCUGUGACCCCAGCUGAGGGGACAGAGCAUCACCCCGGGAAAGCGGCGGGAACAGAACAAACCGGCUGCUCGGUCUAGAAAAGAACAGCGCAGCAAGGGAAGGAGUUUGCCUUAACCUUAGUUAACAUGAAGAUGGAAGACUAUGAAAUAUUCUGUAAGAAGCAUCUUUCCAGAAUCCAAGCAGAGGCAAUAAAAAGAGAAACCGCUUUCCCCGUUCAACAGAAAAACAUCUCCCUCAUUCAAUUCCGUGGAAUUCCUGUGCUUUCCCCUCUGCUCAGCCUCGAAAAGAAAAAGGAAAUCCAGCAAUAUAAGCAGAAAGCACUGGAUCUGGAGACCUGGAGACGGAACUCUCAGAAAAGAGCUUUACUGAAUCGUGUACAGGAGAUUCUAGAAAAUGUUCAGAUCAGGAAAGGACCUGGUGGGAGUGACAUGAACGCACGAGAGGCUGAGAAUACUUGUCCUGACCCGGCUUCCAAAGCUCCGGCUGACUUGGCAGCUCCGUCAGACGUCGGUUUGUGUUCCGACGUUGGUCCCGCGGAACCGGCGCAGACGCCGGGGCCACCGGACAGCGCUGGGCAGGUGACACCCGGUGUGACACGGGCAGCUAAAGCAGUGGAAGAAAAUGUGUUUUCAGAGCAAAGCGAGGGUCACCGCAAAGCUGCCCCGUGUCUGAGGGCCGCAUCGCCCGACACCGCGUGUGACAAGCUGGCGUCCCAGAAGGACCCGUGUGGCACCAGUCUGCAGAGCCUGCUGAAGAAAUCCAGGGAGUGCGUGGAGAAAGAGCAAAGCAAGCGGAGCUCCAAAAGUAACUCCAAGAGGAGCGUGAGCGAAAGUCAUUCAGAUAAAGAGAACGAUGGGGUUAAAACAACUGACUCCGGGAAAGAAAGAGCAAAGCUUACAGGCAGGACUUGCGCUGCUCCCACACUUGAUAAGCCCAGUCUUAAUAAAUCAAACACCCUUCUCCAAGGUGCCUCUGCUCAUACAAAUAGCACAAGUGUAUCAGCUUUGUCCAGUUUUUCAAAGGUGGACAUACCUAUGAGAGUUGGAACACCACCCCCAUCGGUGGAUUCUGAUUCGGAUGAAGAAUUCAAAAAGACUUCAGUGUUUGAUCGUGACAGCAGCAUUGUUAGGAGCCUCACAGGCUCUUACUCCAAAUUACCAAGCCCGGAGCCAAGCAUGAGCCCUAAAAUGCACCGGAGACGCCCAAGACCUUUAUCGAUGGGACACAUCGUCAUAAGUAACCCCGUGAAUGCUUACGAGUUGAGUCCUAAGGGCAAGAGUAGAGCAAUGGAUUUAAUCAUGCAAGAUCUUGCAGAUAAAAAUAACGUGUCUGAGUCAGCGCCAAAGUUCCUGCUGGACUUGGUGAACCCCAACAGAGCUCCCGGUGUCCACAGGAAUUCCUCGGGCCCUGGUGACGGGGUGGGGGUCGGCAAAGCAAAUCGCCUUUCCUUCGGGCACUCGGACGGCAGAGCAGCGUUGUUGGCCGCCCCGGAAGGACGGACAGCGCUGGACAGCAGAGGGACAUAUAAAAUAGAGACCAGCGCUGAUCCUGUCCCUCCAAAAUCCAGUGAAGCGUUUGCCGUCAGUCAGGCUGCAGGAACACAGAAGCUCCUGGCUGUGAAUGAGACCAAACCCUCCGCUUUGCUAGAAAACAUGAAAUGUAAUUCUCCAGUAGAGCUCAAUAAAUCUUACGACGUAGAAAACCCGUCCCCGCUGCUAAUGCCGAGCAAGAACACGCGCCAGCAGAUGGACACGCCAAGCGUUGCCCUGGCAAGCGAGCAGUUUCCAGAAAAUAGUUUUGAAAAGGUGAAACGUAGACUUGAUUUGGACGCUGCCAAUUGCCAAAAAGAAAACAGUCCCUGUGUUGUAACAGCUGGAAUGGAAGAACAAGAGCAGCAGUGGUUGCAGGACCAGAAAUACGCUGUGAGAUCGGUUUACAUCCCGAAGAAUUCAGCCCCUGGCAGCGCGGCAGCAGAUGUUUUAAAAACCAAAAUGUUGGCCUUUGAAGAAAUGAGGAAGAGGCUUGAAGAACAGCACGCACAGCAACUGUCGAUCCUGAUAGCGGAACAGGAGAGGGAACAGGAGAAAUUGCAGAAGGAACUGGAAGAGCAGGAGAGAAAGUUGAAAGGAAAGAAGAUUGCUACAACAGAAAUAGAGAUUUCCAAAGUGAAUAUUAACAGCAGGAUGGAGUUGGAGUGGAGGAAGAAGAGCGAAAGCGGCUUGCUGGAAAGCGUGGAGCCUGAGCUGGAGACCGUCCGGCACGCCAACUCCACCAGCAUCGGUUUUGCUCGUGCUGCAACACCCACCAGCUUUGCUUCAACAAGCGAAACGUCGUUCUUUCUCUGGGGCCCGUCAGGUAGUGGAGUUAUAAAAACCUCAGUGUCUCGGCCAAGUAACAGGAUCAAAACCAGGUGGACUCAGGUUUUCAGUCCAGAGAUACAGAUGAAGUUUGACAAGAUCACUGCUGUGGCCAAGGGCUUUCUCACUCGGAGACUCCUGCAGACAGAGAAGCUGAAACAUCUUAAGCAGACUGUAAAAGACACUAUGGAGUUCAUCAGAACUUUCCAGUCUGAAGCACCAUUGAAAAGAGGAAACGUUUCAGCACAGGACGCGUCCCUGCAUGAGAGAGUAAUGGCUCAGCUGCGAGCUGCUUUGUAUGACAUCCACGACAUCUUUUUUACAAUGGAGGCAGCGGAAAGAAUGAAUAUUCUGCGUCACGAUCGUGAAGUUCGUAAAGAGAAGAUGCUCAGGCUAAUGGAUAAAGUGAAGAGCCCAAGGGAGAGGGUGACGCUUUCCACAGCCACACAGAAGUCUCUGGACAGGAAGAAAUACAUGAAGGCUUCGGAAAUGGGAAUGCCAAGUAAAAAAAUAAUCAUAAAGCAAAAAACUCCUGAAAGCCGGGUGCUUCAACCAAAUCAAGGACAGAAUGCCCCCGUUCACAGGCUGCUUUGCAGACAAGGAACCCCUAAGACCUCAAUGAAGGGGGUUGAGCAAAAUAGAAAGAAGGCCUCAGAGAGCAGAGUGUCUAACAAGGCUCUUUCAGGAGCAUAUGCAGGAAGAACCCAAAAAAAGAAGCCAAAUGUUGUGACAAUUUAAGACGACAGCACUCACUGGGAUAAUGUUUUAUUUUCUGAUGGCAUUCUCAGCACUGGUUCAAAUAUUGUGUCUUCUAUAUGUAUAUUUAGAAAUGAUAAACGUACUUCAUCGCAUCCACAUGACGACACAUGAAUACAAUCGUAUUGAAGUAACAAAGGGCUGUGAAGCUCUAAUGCUCAUGGGAAAACUGCAUGUUAAAACUUAUUAUAUAUUCAUACUGCUGUGUACACAUAAGAUUCAUAAUCUUGUUCAUCUAAAGACCACCACGGGGCAACAGUAAGUUCAGCUGUGGCUUUUUCACACUCUAAUUCUUGCAUCUAACAUAUGCUUUUCGCAUUACUUAAAAUUGCAAUUUCUGUGUAUGAUCGCCACCAUAAAUAAGUCGUGUGUAUGUAGUUUGUUUCAUACCACGAAGUUAAAGCAGUUAAAUAACAAACCAAACCAAACCCAAGCUCUUCCGUCAGUGACUUUGUCAGCAGCCCUUUUGAAUGUACCUGGUGUACUUUGAAUGUACCUCGGUUUAAAUACUAACGGCCUGAAUGUUUUGUGUUUCUGCCGAGUGGGACAGACAUGGAUCCCGAUGAUCUGCUGGGCAGACAGAUGUACUUUUAAUUACUAAACUGAAACUGCACGUUUAUAUAUGUGGUGGAUCAACCCACUGUGCUGGAAGAUUCCUAGGAUUUUUCACCUUGUUGUCUACUGCAUUUUCUUAUGGAAACAACUUUUGGCCAAGAUAAAGAGCCGUAUAUGUUCUACAAAAGUUUCAGAAGUCAAGAUUUUAAUUAUUUUACCAUUUUAGACUUAUAAAUUGUUGUCCACAAAGAUAAUUUGGAUGUCUUCUAUUUCAUUGAUGACAGACGCAAUUUUUCAGAGCAGUUUCUCUUCUACCAUGAUCUAACAGGCCCUUGUUCCAAACUCAUCCUUUCAGGAGGGGAGAAGAGUCUCUACCACAUCCCAACAAGCACAUUCUCAUAUUUAUGAAAAUCUAGCAUGAAAAGAUUGUGCUCUUACUUCACCUUGCUCUUCCUACUGAUGGAUACUAUUCUAGCUUGAGGAAUUCUGUAAGGCACUAACCUAACUUUGGAAGCUUUGUAGCGUGUUGACGUGGAUAUGAGAGAUGAGAGACAGAAAAUGUUGUGUUAAACGGGAUGGAAGAGGAACGUUGGGCAGCGGUGUGUGGCACUGGCUGUGGCUUUUAUCUGCCGCCAAGUCUGUCCCCUGCAGCUGGGGCCAUUGGUAACAACAGAUGUUUUAUGCCACGCAGUAAGUUCCUCAGACUGCAUGCUUGGAAAGUGCCAGAACGCUGCCCUAAACAUUUUUAAGAAUGACCCUGCUUGGUGGCUCUUUGCUAUGAAGUUUAUUUGAAAGCUUGGAGAGGGCUGCCCAGUGGUGUAAACUGAAGCGCUCACACCAGGAUGACCCCCAGUUCAUCCAAAUGCUGCGGAUCUUGAGCAUUUCAGACGUAACACAAGAUGCCAGAGACAAGAUUCCUGCUCCAGCGGAAUCCAGAGCUCUGGGUUGGUUCCCAACUGUCCCCAGAGGGGGAAACACCUCCGGAGAAUAAUGUCCAGUGAUGGGAUCACCCGUGUCAGUGACAGGUCACUGCUAAACAUUGAUGUUAAAGAGAGGCUGGUUUAUGUGCUCUAUUAUUAGCAUAGGCAAUUAAAAAAUAGAUUAAGUGCUAGUAAAAGUGAGUGCUUACCUUGUGUUUCACAUCUCAACCUCUUUUACUUUAAGCAUGCUUCCAGUGUGUGUAAUAAAACAUUGCAGCAUGAGGUUUUUUUAACUUUAAUGAGGCCUUUCACUUGACAAGUGCCAGAAUUUGGUUUUGUACUUGAUGUGUUUUGUAUUUAAACAUAUUUAUGUUUUUAUUUUGUGUGGAAUUGUAAUAUCAUUAUAAAAGUGUAUUUAUUUUUGUACUUUAUUUCAUUUUCACCAGUCUUGCUUUUUACUUAAAAUAUACUUCACAAUAAACUUAAAAUCUCUAAAACAAA